AUGAUUGAUUAUGACAAUCAAGUCUAUUUGUCCGAUUCAUCAGCAUCAUUUGGUCUUUCAUUAGAACCAAGUCCAUUACCAGUAACAUCUAAUAAAAAUGAACUUGAUAUUAAUUAUGAACAUAUGAUUGAAAAUUUAUUAUUACAACAAGUAUUACUUUAUACACGAGAACGAUCAAAAUAUUUACCUCCAUUACGUUCAUCAUCAUCAACAACAAAUACUUUAUUAGUACGACAACAACAACAACAAAUUAAUAUACAAAAUGAUCAACAUUCAUUAUUAAAUUGUUCAACAUAUGAUAAUGAUGAUGAUGAACCAACAUUAUGUCUUAUUGAAACAAAACGUCGACAAAAUUCAAGUGAUUUAAUUGAAAAUAUUCUUAAUCAAUAUAAUCAACGUUAUGAUAGUCGAUCAAAUUUUGAUCAAAAUUUAAUGGAAUUAAUUGUUAAACGUCAUCGUGAACGUCAAAGAGUAUCAUCUUGUACAAAUAAUAUAUUUUAUUCACGUCUUCAAUGGCUUGCUAUAGGUCUUGUUAUAGAUCGUUUAUUUUUUUCUAUUUAUUUUGCAGCAACAAUUAUCUCAUAUUUAGUUACAUUAUGGUUCAUACCUUUUACACAUCCAAAUUUAAAAAUUGAUAUUCAUACAUUAUAA